AAAGAACUAACACAUGGAUUCUUUUCCAAUAGAAACCCCAAUUCUGGAGCAGAAAGCAGAAGAAUGAGGCAGAGGCUUUUGCUCAUUACCGCCAAACACAUACAGCAAAUGAACGCCGACGUCGCAAUGAAAUGAGAGAUCUUUUUGAAAAGCUAAAAAGAGCACUAGGACUGCAUAGCCUCCCCAAGGUCUCCAAGUGCUACAUCCUAAAACAAGCCUAUGAAGAGAUCCAGGGGCUGACUGAUCAGGCAGAUAAACUGAUUGGGCAGAAGAACUUACUGACUCGCAAACAAGACAGUCUGAUUCGUAAAGUAUCCACACUUUCAGGUAAGACAGAAGAAGUGGUUCUGAAGAAGUUAGAAUACAUUUAUGCCAAACAGAAAGCGGUAGAAGCACAAAAGACUCUCACUCUCUCUCACUUUUUUGUAGGUAAGAGCACAAAAGAAGAGGAAACAAGUUGA